AUGCCUUCCAUGGAAACAAAAGAUGCUGAGACGCGCGCCCAGCCGAAUCCCUUACGGUCAUGCUAUGCUUUCACGCUCGUCGAUGUCGUGAGCGAUUUGCAUUUGCGACUUGCAACUGUUGCUGGUGGCUUUUCUAUACUGAAGGACAGGGAAGAUGAGAAUGACGACGCAGACCAUUUUGUUAGCGAGUGCAGGCAUCACUGGGGACUAACGGAUGGUAAGGAGGGCAAACUCGAGGCAUGUGGGGUCUGCCACCAUCGGCUGAAGUUUGUCAAUAUUUGCACGAUAUGUAAAACGGAGAUCUGCAAUCGCUGCCUGAACAACAGGCUAUAG